AUGCUGGGCCGCCUCGCGGACGACCGGGUGCCCGAAGAUGGAGGAGUGGUGAUGGAGGAGCAAGAUGGAGCGAUUGACUACGAGCCACCGGCGUGGGGACUGACGCAGCACAAGAAGAAUCCGAUUACGCUCAGCCUCGAAUCGCCCCUCCGAAAUGGGCGUACGAUGGAGACCUUCGAUUUGAGCCAGGCUCUGGCCGAAUCCAGGAAGGGACACUUCACGAUUGGCCGCCUGCCCUCGUGCGACAUCUACGUCGAUCACCUCUCGAUCUCCAGAACCCAUGCGAUUCUUCAAUUCGCACGAGAUGGCCAGCAGAAGGAUGGAGAGAAGGGGCAGCCAACCGUGACGAAGGAGCGAUCGAGACCGAAUCUCUCGAAAGGAACGAUGGAGAGCGAGAAUGGUGGAGAAACCGAUCAUGCCGAGGAACCCUCCAUCUUUGUCUACGAUCUGAGCAGCAAGCAUGGCACCUACGUCAACGAUCGUCGCAUCUCAGCGCGCGAGUACACCCCCGUGCGACCAGGCGACGUCCUCCGCUUCGGCGACUGCCCGCGCUCCUUCACGCUCAUCCAACGCCACUACGUGCAGAUGAACAGCAAGAAGAUGAAACAGCCCGAGAAAGAGGAGGAGAAAGAAGAAGUAGAUAAAACGGAGGAGGUCGAUGAAGAGACCAACAGCGCGUGCGAUCACCUCAACCAAGACGAGGACGUGGACGGCGAGACACCGCACCUGCUGUGCGUGGAUGUGGGCACGAGCGGGCUGCGGGCCUACGCCUACGACGUGGGCAGCAGCGGCAGCGGCAGCAGCAGCGGCAGCAGCAGCGGCGCCAAGGGCAAGAGCAAACACGACAAGCCCGCGGCGUCAUGCCGCAAUCGUGGUGGCUUCUACCAGUCGCUGCCCACGCUCUACCCGCAGCCGGGCUGGGUGGAACAGGACCCAUACGUGCUGUUGGACACGUUCAGGGAUGUGGUCAACAAGGUGUUGAAGAAGACGCGAAUAACGGCGGCGCAGGUGAAGGCCAUCGGCAUCACGACGCAGCGCGCAUCGUUCCUCCUCUGGAACAAGGAGACGGGAAGGCCGCUCUGUAAUUUUAUCACUUGGCAAGACGUGCGGACAGUCGGUAUCUGUGAGGAGUGGAACGACUCCUACGCCUUCCGAGGCAUUCAUGCGUUCUCCAAGUUUGCACAUAUCGUGACGAGAAGAACAAGGCAUCUGAUGGGCAGCAUCUUCAAGUUCUCGCCAAUCCACUGCACGCCCCGAUUAAUGUGGGCCAUGAAGAACGUCGAAGGCGCGCAAGAGCUGGCCGCACAGGGCAAGCUCCUCUUCGGCACCACCGACACCUGGAUAUUGUGGAACCUGACCGGCGGUAAGGUCCACGCCACGGAUUAUUCGAACGCGAGUGCGACGGGGCUGUACGACACGUUCGAGCUCGGGUGGAAUCAGCAACUGUUUUCCGUCGUCGGCCUUCCGGCGAGCAUUUUUCCAGAGGUGAGGCCCACGAGCGGCGAUUUUGGGAGCACGUUGCCUCGGUUCUUCGGCGCGGCCAUACCGAUUCGGGCCAUCGUCGCAGACCAGCAGGCGGCGCUGUUUGGCGAGUGCUGCUUCGACGUGGGCGACUGUAAGGUGACGAUCGGCACGGGCUGCUUCAUCGACAUCAACACCGGCUCGCAGCCUCUCGUCUCCACGCACGGUUUGUUGCCGCUGAUCGCGUGGGCGAUAGGCAAGGAGAUCACCUACAUGAUCGAGGGUCCCAUGCCCAGCGUUGGUUCCGUGAUCGACUGGGGCUCUCGGGAAAUGGGCUGGUACGAUCACGCAAAGGAAACGGAGGGCAUGGCCACCUCCGUCGACGACACCCACGGCGUAUAUUUUGUUCCCGCCUUCUCCGGCCUUGCGGCUCCUCAUCAGGAUCCGACGGCGAGAGGCACAAUUUUGGGCAUGACCACCUCUACCAAGAAGCAACACUUGGUGCGCGCGAUGCUGGAGAGUAUUGGCUACACAUGCAAUGAUCUGCUGGAGACGAUGAAGGCCGACUUGCCGAACCUGCGAGUGUCGCCGCUGAUGAAGAUCGACGGCGGGGUCAGCCAGAACGAUUUUGUGAACCAGUUCAUCGCCAACAUGACCGGCCGGGAGAUCAUACGGCAUCCGCACCCCGACCAGAUGACCGCCCUUGGCGCCGCCUUCCUGGCCGGGCUUGGCGCGGGCAUUUGGAAGUCGAAGGAGGAGCUGAAGGGCCUGCGGGCGUCGAUGCACCGGUUCACGCCCGAGUUUGACGAGGAGACACGGCGGACCAAGUACGCCGCGUGGAAGCGGGCCGUGGAGCGGGCCAUGCAUUGGGCGCAGGACGACGGCCACAGCCCCUCGCUACCGCCGCCACAUUCGCCCGCGCUGAACCGCAGCAGCAGCAGAAGCAACUGA